UCAUAAACAUGCCAUCAUAGUGCACUGUUUGUGAGAAUGCAUACACAUGCACAUGUGUGUGUGAGUGCACUUCUGUGUGUGUGUGUGUGUGUGUGUGCGUGUUUGACCGCAGCAUAGCAUAGCCCAGCCUCGGAAGGAAUGGCCGGAUUCUGAGUUGGGGGACGUGCUCGGAGUGAACAAAUCAUGCUAAUUGUUUUGGGAAGACUGUGAAAGUUAGACCCAAGAUGAAGGCACAGAAGGAGGCUUUCUCUUGGGCAUCAGCUGCUUUUGCUGCUCCUCUCCUCUUGGUCCUUGCAGUUCUGAUUCAUUCAGCAUGUGUUCAGGGAGUGAACAUCACCAGUCUCGAGACUCUAAUCAGAGGGACGGUGGGUGGAGAAGCUCUGCUCUCCGUCCGAUACACAAGCACCAGUCAAGAUCCCCCUGUAAUCAAAUGGCAACUGAAAAGGGACAAACCUGUUACAGUGGUCCAGUCCAUCGGCACGGAGAUCAUCGGUAACCUGCGGCCGGAAUACCGAGACCGCAUCCUUGUGUUUGAGAAUGGUACUCUGCUGCUCCAUAACCUCAGGCUUUCUGAUGAGGGCACUUAUGAAGUAGAGAUCUCCAUCACCGAUGACACCUUCACUGGAGAGAGCAGCAUCGAGCUGACAGUGGAUGAGCCAAUCUCUAAGCCACACGUCCACAUGCUCACCUCCACCGUUCUGGAACUGACUGAAAAUUUCACGCUAAACUGCACCCAUGAAACAGGCACUAAGACCACCUACGGCUGGGCAAAAGGUGGUCAUCCGUUACUAAACGAGACCCGUCUGCUGCUGUCAGCGGAUCAGAAAGUCCUGACCAUCACACGUGUUCAGAUGGUUGAUGAUGACAUCUACAGCUGUAUGGUGGAGAACCCUAUUAGUAGCAUGAGAAGUCUACCAGUCAGACUCACUGUUUACAAAAGGAGCUCUCUUUAUAUCAUACUGUCUACAGUGGGAAUCUUCCUCCUUGUCACCCUUGUAACUAUGUGUGCUUGCUGGAAGCCGUCAAAAAAGUCAAAAAGACAGAAGUCCAAAACUAUUAAACCAAGACCCAUUCCACAAAACCAUCACAUCAGGUAUCAAGACAUCAAGCCGGAGGAGACAUCAGCGGCAAAUUCCAGAAGAAUUGGCCAAGAUGAUGCCAUCCCAAUAAUGACUGAUCAUGAGCGCAGGAAUCCUGUAUCACUCUACAUCUUAAAAGAGAAGGAUUCUCCUCCUGGUGAGCCAGCGUCAACGUGUGAAACAUGCACUUCCAACAACAGCAGCCCUCCGAGUUACAGCAGCUCAAUACCUCCUCCAUCCGACUCGCUCGAGCCGCCAGCGCGCUCCUCUCGCAGAUACCCUCGCACCUCCACUAAAUCCCCACCGCACCAUCGCCGGAGGAAGGGACACAGUCAGAGCCCACCAGCCCCGUCUUCGCCCCGCGGCCGAGGGUCUGGUCGAGCCUCUCAGCACUCUGCGGCUUCAUCUCCAGCCAGGAUACCUGAGGAUCCGUCCACCCCUCCACAGGAACCCAGAGGCUCCCCAAAAUCAUAGAUGAUCGCGCUGACCGCGUCUGCCGAGCCCACAUGCUGCGAAAAGACAGACACUCUAUUGACCUGCACAAAUAUUUUUGCAUUAAUGUAUGUAAAUUUGUUCAUGUAUAUGCUCCAAAACUAUGCAUUUCAAACUUGUUUAGCCUUACCAUGUUAAGACACUUUUUCAAAAGCACAUUGUGAAUGUUUAGUUGAUUUAACACGCUAGGAUCUCUUCACUCUCAGAGAUGUCUGAGUAUUUCACUGUGAUUGCGUUGGCUUGACCAAGCCUUCAGGCUAAAUUCACCAAAUUCAGCACAGUCCUAAAGAUUAAUUAUAGUUGAAUUAUAUUUGUUUAAUUACAACAGUGGGUUUUUUAUUACCAGUUUGCAUCCUUGUACUCUUGUGAACUCUCAUGAGCAUCAAAGACUGACACGAAAGAGAAGAAAUUGUUGAAUAAAGUCGUUAUUUUUGUUUUUUUGCGCACAAAAAGUAUUCUCAGUGUUUCAUAAAAUUAAGGUUGAACCACUGAUGUCACAUGGAUUAUUUUAACAAUGUCCUUACUACUUUUCUGGGCCUUGAACAUAUAGUUGUGUUGAUGUCUAUGCACUGUCAGAAAUUUUCAUCAAAAAUAUCUUAAUUUGUGUUCUGAAGAUGAACAAAGGUCUUACGGGUUUGGAACGACAUGAGAGUGAGUAAUAAAUGAAAUCAUUUUCUACAAAAAUCAAACAAAUUUUCAAAAAACUUUAGCAAAUGCCCCUUUUGCGCCUCACGAUUUAGACAUUACAAACACAACUUUUAAGGGUCUAUCAAAUGGAAGGCAUGUCUCAACACAUAAAAAUAGGCUAUUUUCAACAAAAGUUUCAACAUAUGUGACCCUGUAGCACAAAACCAGUCCUAAGUAGCAUGGAUAAUAUUUGUAGCAAUAGCCAACAAUAUGGGUCAAAAUUAUCGAUUUUUCUUUUAUGCCUAAAAUCAUUAGGAUAUUAAGUAAAGAUCAUGUUCCAUUAUGAUAUUUUGUAAAUUUCCUAUCGUAAGUAUAUCAAAACUUAAUUUCUGAUUAGUAAUAUGCAUACACUUUAUAUUUUGAUUUUUUUGCACCUUCAGAUUCCAGAUUUUUAAUAAUUGUGUCUCGGCCAAAUAUUGUCCUUUCCUAACAAACCAUACAUCAAUAGAAAGCUUAUUUAUUCAGCGUUCAGAUUUAGGAAUAUUUAUGUUUAGGAACUUUAUGUUUAGCUUACCUGUCUAGAAAUAUUCCAUUAUACUUCAACUUGUAAAAACACUGCCAGUGCUUACCCUUUUUUUAACCUGUUGCCUGCCUUCUAAUUUUGUCUUGCAUUUCUGUACCACCAUGCAUUAAGAUACUCUCAUGAACACACGUCGAAGGCUGACAUGGAAGAGAAGAAAUUUUAUCAUAAUAUUUGUCAUUAUUUUGGUUUUCCUUGUGCACAAAUAGUAUUCUCGCAGCUUCAUAACAUUAAGAUUGAACUACUGAUGUCACACAGACUGUUUUAAACGAUGUCCUUACUACCUUUCUGCGUCUUGAACGUGGUAGCUGCGUUGCUGUCUAUGCAGGGCCAGAAAGGUCUCUGAUUUCAGGUCUUGCAGGUUUGGAACGACAUGAGGGUGAGUAAUUAAUGACAGAACUUUCUUUUUUUGGGUGGACUAGUUUUAAAAAGUUUGAAAAUACCUGCCCUAGAAACCAGCUCAAAUACCAUAGCACCCAGAACACCAUAGCACCAUAGGAACGCUCCAGCAACCAGCCAAAACUCCCAAGCAGUGCCCUAGCAACACCCCAGCAGCUACACUUACUAUACUUGUUCAAACUACACAACAACUGUUGCGCACUUCAAUGGAAGGCUUUGUCAAGUCAGCAGUGAAUGUUUGUGUUUCCUUUUGUUUAGUUUUUCAGUUUUAUUUUGGUGAUAGUAAAUGGCAAAUAGAGUUGAUCUGUAGCGAAGAUGUUAAAUAAAACUUUGAAAAAGA